GCCCCCGAGGUUUUAAAAAACGCACCAAAUACCCUCGCCUGUUUCGAUUCACAUAAUAUACCCCUAUUUAUCCGUACUGUUCAUGACAUGCACCUGUCAGCUAACGCCGUUAGUCUGCCGUUAGUGGUGUUUUACUUAUUUGCCCUUAAUUUUGGUUUAGCGCCAUUGACUUCCUUCACUUUCACAGAAAGACCAAAAAAAAAAAAAAACGUUCACAUUUUUCUCUUUCUCUCUCCUCUCCCCUGUUCUUCUUCAAGCUCUAAUCCUACUCAAACCCUAGAAAUUCUGGGUAGAUCUUCAAUAUUUUUGUGAAUUUUGCUGCGCACCUUAAAGGCGAGUUCGUGGGUUGUGAUUUUGCUUCAAUCGCGACAAAAAAGGGAGAAACUUGAGGCGAUUUCCAGUUGAGUUAGUGUUGAAGAGGAAACGGGAAUUUUAAAGUUGGUUAGUCUACUUCCAGGAUGAGUGCUAUUUGGUUGUUACUACGUUAUGGGUCACAUAGUUUUGAUAUUAGAGUGGGAGACAUGGAAAAAUAUCGUUUGUUGAAGUUGUUUCUUGAUAUCUUUGAGGAAUCAGUUAAGCAAGAUGUUUUUUUGCCUAGUACCUUUAGCUUGUAUGUUGAGGGUCCUUGUGGUAAGGUUGAAUUGAAUGAUGAUAAGACUUUAAGGCUUCUGUGGGGAUGGAAUUGGGGUAAAGACACUGCUGAAAUUUGGGUUGAGGGAACAGAUAAACCAGGAUUGGUGUUUAGGAAUGCUGUUGCAACAAUUGAGAAUCAUAGAAAGGAAAAAGAGAGACAACUUAAGGAGAGACAAGAGGAACUGUUGAGGGCUCAAAGAGAGGAGGAAGAGGCAAUGAGGAAACAACAGGAAAGGGAGGACAUUUUGAGGGAAAUACAGGAACAAAUGGAGUACACUGUGGCUAUGGAGGUCCCUGUUGUUGAUUGUGAGGACAUGAAGGUUGAGUAUGUGAGAGUCAUUAGCAAAGAUGAUGCUGAUGAGGUGUUUCCAGGUUGCUCUCAACCACAACAAACACAAGAAUCCCCAAAGAAACAACCCACCCCACCCAAACACACAAAUCAUGUUGCUUCUAAGUCAAAAGGCAAGGAUAAGCCUGCUUCUAAGAAACUAACCCCCAAAAGGAGGGCAUCAGCUAAACAACCCACCCCACAGAAACAACCCACCCCACCUAAACAACCCACCAAACAACCUGCACCACCACCCCCACCACCCCCACCACAGAAAGAACCCACCCAACCAAAACAACAACAACACACACCACCACCAGAACAUCCCACCUCUCCACCACAACAACAACAACACACACCACCACCAGAACAUCCCACCUCUCCACCACAACAUCACACCCCUCCACCACCACCACAAAAUCCCACUCCACCACAGAACAACCAAACUGAUGAGCCUAACAAUCAAGCACCACCUGAUCAAGCUCAGCCAGUGAAAAAGAAGGGGGGCAGAGCUAGACCUGAGGGGUUUAGGGUUAACAAAGUCACUGCUAAGAAGGCUGGAACUUGGGUUUCCAAGGGAAAGGGAAAAGGGAGAAAGGGUAUAGGAAGGUCUAAGACACCAGGGGUUUUUGCUGAUGUUGGUGAGAUAUGUUCAGAAGAGGAGAGUGAGGAUUCUGAUUAUGAGGAAUCAGAUUCUGAACAAGAGGAUGUUCUGAAUGAUUGGAUUGAUUCUGAUGUUGAUGAUGAGGUGAUUCCUGAUGAUAUUCCUGAUUUGGGGUUUGAGGAUUGUCUAAAUGGUUCCUCAAAGAUGGACAAGGCCUAUAAAAAUGGAAAAAUAUGGACUGAUCAACCAUAUGGGUCCAUUAAGUUAGAACCCUGGUUGAUCUUUCAUGAUAAGGCCACAUUUCUUGAAGUGUUGAGAAGUUACUGCAUACAGGAGGGGUUUGGGCUUAGUGUUGAGAGGGCUGACAAUAGGAGGUACACAGCAGUGUGUGCAGUGGAGUCAUGUGACUGGAGGAUACAUGCCAGUAGGUUGUUUGACAAUGUUAGCUGGGCCAUUAAGGUGAUCAGUGGGUCCCACAGAACUUGUGGGAGGCUUGAGGAGAAUCCAGUGGUGACCUCUGAGUGGUUGUGUAAGCAUAUGUUGGGGGAAAUAGAGGCAAAUCCAGAGAUUCCAGUGGAGACAUUGAGGAGGUAUGCACAGGAGAAGUUUCAGUUGAGGGUGAAAAAGAGGCUAUUGUACAAGGUCAGGAGUAUGGCAAAGGGAAAGCUGCAUGGUGGUUGGGCUGAAGCAUAUGAGUUGUUGCCUAGAUAUGCUGAGAUGAUUAAGCAAACAAACCCAGGGAGUCAUGCACUUAUAACAUGGGGGGCCAGUAAUGGGGAUGUGAACCCAAAAUUCAGAGCUUGCUUCUUCUCAUUUGCUGCACAAGUCAGGGGGUUUCUAAGGGGUUGUAGGCCCAUAAUUGGAAUAGAUGGGGCUCAUUUAAGUGGUUUCUACAAGGGCAUUCUACUGACAGCAGUUGGCAUAGAUGGGAACAAUGAAAUUUUUGUUCUUGCCUAUGGGAUAGUAGACACUGAGAGUUGUGACAGUUGGACCUACUUCAUGAGAUGUUUGAGGCAAAUGUUUGAGCAGGAGGGUUGCAACAAAGAUGAUUGGACCUUCAUCAGUGAUAGGAUGAAGGUAUGUGUACUGAUCUGA